AUGGUUCUCUCACUGUCGUACCGCCGUCCGGCCUAUGUCCCUUCCUCUCGCGAUUCAGUUGAGUCCGACUCGGAUGGUCGAGUCGAGUCCAUCAAUUCCGGCUCCAGCUGCCCCUAUGGUAUUCCAGACGCCCUCUCCUUCGAUAGAAUCAUCGGUGGCGGGACCUGUCCUCCUGUGACCACGCGCGAAUUCAUGGACUUCCUCCGUUACAUUGAGUUUGACGCCGAGAACCUCCAGUUCUAUCUGUGGUAUCAUGACUACUGCAAGCGCUUCAAUGAACUUCCCGACAGCGAGAAAAAGCUUGCUCCCGAAUGGACCGUUGAUCAAGCGUUGGCGGACAAGACGCAUGCUGAGAAGGAGAAGCUCCCGAAGAAAAUGACAAGCGCUGCUGCUUCUGUGUUGAAAGGGACCGAUUUCGAUCCUCAUGCAAAAAUCGCUGUUCCAGAGGCCGCCCCAAACCCCUUCAACACUCCUCCUAGAACGCCUUCAGCCACUGCGACAGACCAGGGUAGCUUGGUCCCGUCGACUCUCGGCUACAGCGACGAUGCUACGACCCUUAGAGCGGGAUCAACUGAGCACGGAAAACGAGCCGAGGCAGCAUUUGAAGAAGCGGGAACUCUUCAACCAUUCACCAUUCAACCAUUCCGGGAGGAAGUAUCACGCAUCAUCGCCAUCUACAUCGCUGAUGGUGGGGCGAGAUUGCUCAACCUGUCGGCCAAGGAGAAAGCUGGCUUGCUCAAGGCACUAUCUGUCACCACUCAUCCUUCAGCAUUCCGCGAUGUCAUUGCCACGGUCGAGUGGACUCUUCGUCAUCAAGCCCAUCCCAAUUUUAUUCGCUGGACCAUUUGCAACGGCAACAAGCCCAGACAAGCUUUUGCACGGUUCCUGGGCGUAGCUGGAAUUGUUGGCGGCAUCGUCUACGGCAUCGUCAUCACACUCAGUUCAGCCAAUAGAGGCUGGAGGGCUCUGGUGUUCCUUGGUCUUUUUAUCGGCAUUGCGACACUCUUUGCUGCUUGGAAAGGCAUGUGCGUUGUUCUUCAUGGGAUGCACCACCGACAUCUUCGACCGUGGGAGCUUUUCGGCGAUGAAGACGAGGCUUCGUCUGAAAAGAAAACCUCGUUCGACAGCCUGGGCUCUGCCAACAGUUAUGAAGAUGAGCCUUGGGUGGCCAAAUAUGAGAAGCGCAACAUCAUACGCAAGAUCUUCGAUCGUGAGGUCUGGAUCCAGGAGCCUGCACUGCGGCAGAUUCAAGACACGAUCUUCGUCCAAGCUCUCAUUACCGCCUUUGUUAUCGGAGCGAUCACGACUGCUAUAUUUCUCGCGGUGCCCCGCGGUAACUUCUUUUGA